GCGGGCGGAACCAAAGUCAGGUGCUCUGUGCCCCUGCCCGGAAAGGGAACAGCCUCUUCCGGGAACGCCGUUCCCAUGGCGACCGCUGGCCUCUUCCCCGGCCAUGGCCGCGCUCCGCCGCCCGCUGUAUUCCCUGGACGACACGGCGGAGCCCGCCCAGCAGCUGCGCGAGCAGUACCAGCGUCUCCUGGCUCCCCUGUCGCUCUUCCCCCGCCAGGCCCGGCUGAAGCACCCCCCGGCUCGUCCGCUGGCCGCCGCCUCCGCCUCCCCCAGUGGCCUCUCCUCUCCGCAGAAGCCGCUCCCGGCGCCGGUGUCCCUGGCCACCGCCCUGCAGCUGGUGAAAGGGCGCAUGGAACUAGGCCCCGAGUGGGAGCACAUCUCCCGCCAGUCGCAGAGGGUCUUCCAGGAGAUCAUCCUGGCCGAGGUCAGGCGGGUCUGGCCCGACGUCCAGCAGUCGCUCUACGACCCGGUCUUCAGCGCCGAGACCAACCGGGAGCUCUACCAGCACCUGCUGACCUACAUCUGCCUGGUCUGCCAGCACCUCUUCCUCCACUACCUGUGCCUCAUGGAGUACAGCCAUGCCCUCCAUGUCUUCACCGACUGCGCCAACCUCACCCGCUUCUCUGCUCAACUCUCCCUGGACUGCAGCAACUUCCUCAACGUGAAGAGCGUCCGCCACCGGCUGGUGAUGGAGAUGAAGACCCUGCAGAGCCCCCAGCCCGAGCAAAGCAGGAAGCACAUUACCCUGGAAGGCCAGCUGCGAACCUGCAUCCUCGGGGGCAGGCUGGGCUUCACCAUCAGUUACUUCAUCAUGCUCCUUCGGCCUCAGGUGCAGACGCUGAGGCAGAAGAUCGCCAAAGAUAUCAAAGAUCUCGAAGACCUGCCUCCACUGGACCUGAGCAAAAUUAAGAAUUUUAUCCAACCAACCCGGAGGGCGGCUGUCUUCUCCAGGCGGCCCUCAUGUGCCGCCAUAACAACGCCUUGUCAGCUUUACUCUGACGGGGAGAAGACGAAGGCGGGACGGAUGCGACGGGCUGGUUCCAUCUCUCUGAAGAGGACCCAAUCGCUACCCAAUAUGAGAGUGGGGCAGCUUCUAGCCGAUGAACUUGGGAUCCAUUUGUCGCUCAAGCCGCUGAGCCCUGAUCUGCUGACUCGCUACACGGAGCCCCCCGAAGAUGAACAAAGAGGGUUGAUGCGCCUCUCAGAGGACCUCCGGCGGUUGGUACAGGGCUCCGUCCUGAAAAGUGGCCAAGGGAGAUUGGAACUCGAUGAAGAGUCAGAGCUGCCCCCACUCAUUAAAGCCCUGACCCUGCGCAAGACGAAUGAAGUUCGCCAGCAACAGCUUGAGAGGAUACUUAACUCCCUGAUCCAAGAAGAGGCUUAUGAGAGGAAGCGACGCAACACCAUGAUAUUAGCUCCAGCAACUCACCCUCAAGCUGCCACGGUGAAUGUUAAGCUCCACAACAGGAUGGUAGCGAAGGCAGCAGAUCUGCAGGUCUCCGAAAGAGUCUGCUUGGAAGCUGUCGCUAUGAACACAUGCCCACCACUGUACAACCAUCUCCUGGGGGAGAUAGAUAAUGCUGCCAUCAAGGCUCUGGAUGCCAAUCUUUCCACUGGGGCGGAAGUCAAGGAAAUCUACCAGGAACUGAUGAAUACCAUCCCACAGGAUCAUCUGAAGUUUAACCUAGGGCACCUGAUGCAACACACAGCCACCAACAUAGAUCUGGAGAGCUGCUUUGCUUCCUCGACACUGACUCGGAAAAAAUGUGAGCAAGUCAUUAACGAGGAGUUGAGCAAAAUCUUGCCGGCUGGACCGUUCAGCCCGGAAGAAGUGUUAGACACCAUCACGACCCCAAAUCUACCCUUCAAAAAGAAGUCAGCCAAAAAGGCAUACGCUUCUUGGCUCAGAUGGUGGAGGUCAACCUUCAACACGGACGAUUUUCUGAAAUAUAUUAGCACCAGGGAGUCCGAUUAUUUACAGGUGAUCUUUCAUUUGUACGACUGCAAAGAAAUGGAGGAAGAGCCGCCGGUUGAUGAGGUUGAAAUCAGGAAGCAGGUGGAGGUAAAGAGAGAAGUGUUAAAGAAAGCUGGAGAACGCCAGUCCAAGGAGGGAAUGUACCAGCCAGGGAAGUGGAAUUCCAGCAUCGUCAUGGUUGAGGGACUGGGAAGUUUCAUGGACUCUGAUCACAGGCCCGAGGAUCUCAGGACCCUGCAGAAGCGGCUAGAAAGACUCUGGACCGUUCUUCACUUCUCCGAACAGGAAAGGCUGGACAUGGCCAUUAAAUACAGCUCAGGCGACAACUAUCUGCUGCUCCCAGACAUGCUCAAAGCCUGGGAGAUGGCUGCGCAAUCCAUCCAGGAGCGAGAGCUCCUGCUGGCCGAGCUGGAAGCGUUUGAGCAGAUCGCUUCGGACCCAAACCGUUUGUUCAAGAGGGCCCCCAGGUCCUUCGCGUUGCGGUUAAAGGAAUCCGGCACCAGGAGUCGCCUGUACUACGAGUUGACCCACCGUGACUCUGAGCUCUAUCUCAUCCUGAACCAGAUCAAAAUGACGUUCAACGACGUGGUGACCUUCAAGGGGCGCCCGUACCUGGAGAAGAUGGAGUGGGACACUGUGGAGAUGCUGUACUGGUUGCAGCAGGAGCGCAGGGCCAAGGACCUGAAGAAAUUCAUCCAGCGAGGAAGCAGACCACUGAAACUUCCCUCUCUGAUACCAUCGCCCAGCGACCUGCCCCUUGACAACAGCACAAGAGAGGAGUUGUGACUGUUCUGCACAUAUCACAUUAUCCUAUUUGUAAGCAAGCUCUCCUUCAGCCUGGCUGAAGACAUAGAAGUCACUUAGUCAUUUAGUAUAAUAAAAUUAUAUAUUUUUAAUCUAAA